AUGCUCCUCAUUCUCGGUGGUUUCUUGCACAACUUGGGUAGUGGGUCUUCGAGUUCUCUCGUUCUCGGUGGUUUCUUGCACGGCUUGGGUAGUGGGUCUUCGAGCUCUCUCGUUCUCGGUGGUUUAUUGCACGGCUUGAGUAGUGGGUCUUCGAUCUCUCUCGUUCUCGGUGGUUUCUUGCACGGCUUGGGUAGUGGGUCUUCGAGCUCUCUCGUUCUCGGUGGUUUAUUGCAUAGCUUGGGUAGAGGGUCUUCGAUCUCUCUCGUUCUCGGUGGUUUCAUGCACGACUUGGGUAGUGGAUCUUCGAGCUCUCUCAUUUUCGGGGGUUUCGUCGACAUCUUCGGUAGUCCAGCUGGUUGGAAGUUAAAGGAGGAGUACUUACCUGCUGGUUGGUUGUGCCUGGAGAUUCCCCCUAGGUUUAUAAAGCUUGCAAAAGAUGUUUACACCCCUGACCUAAUAGCAGCUUCUGAUUGCAUACUCGGAAAGAUUGGAUAUGGCACAGUCAGUGAAGCCCUGGCAUACAAGUUGCCAUUGAUCUUCAUACGUCGAGAUCAUUUCAGUGAAGAACCAUUUUUGAGAAAGAUGCUCGAGUUCUACCAAGGUGGUGUGGAGAUGAUUAGAAGGGAUUUGCUCAGUGGAAAUUGGACAACCUAUCUUGAACGUGCCGUUAGCUUGACACCAUGCUACGAGGGAGGUACCAGUGGAGGCGAGCUGGCUGCUCACAUACUGCAAGAUACAGCCAAUGGAAAGAAUUAUGAGUCAGAUAAGCAUACUGGAGCAAGGAGAUUGCAGGAUGCAAGAGUACUUGGAUAUCAACCACAGAGGGUUCCUCAAAGCGAUAUUCUUGUUCCAGAUUGGUAUACUCCUGCAUAUAAUGAACUUGGCCUUCAUAACUAAUUUGGAGGGUUCUUCACCAGGUGCUGAAAAGUGUGGAUAUCUUAAAAUUU